AUGCGCAUCAACAACAACGAUGCGUUGACUUCGGAAGGGCUGGUGUUGGUGCCGUACAUGGCGCACCACGUGCCCAAGUAUCAUGAAUGGAUGCAGAGCACCGAGCUACAGGAGCAGCCGGCUCAUGGCAUGUGUACAAACGGGCGCAGUGCCACCACCCGUCUAGAUGACCCCUCACCUGAUGUGACGGUCGAGGAAGAAACAGCCGCCAUGGUCGGCGACGUCAAUUUGUUUUUUAACGAUCAAGAUGAUCCACACUCGGCUGAGAUUGAGCGUGUGACGGCCAAGAUCGGCUUUGCAAACGCCCCAUCCUUGCACCUUUUCACGGAGCGCCUUGGCUUUACAGAGGUGAGCCGCAGCGUGGUCUUUGAGGAAGUGACGUUGGAGCGCCGGCUUGAGCCAGCGCUUGUGGCUGAAUGGCGCGCGCUGGUGCAAAGCCGAAAACUUGCGUACGACACGGCCUUUGUUGCUGCUCGUGCAUGA